GAGUGGGGGGCUUUUAUUCUGUUUCGCCUGCGGGCGGAAGCGGAAGUGCAGUGAUGUGUCGGUGGUGUUGCAGUGAUGAUGGCGGACACUAGCGCACUGUAUGAGUCGGUGGUGUGUGUGAAGCCAGAGGUUCAUGUUUACCGAAUCCCGCCCAGAAGCUCCAACCGCGGAUACCGGGCGGCGGACUGGAAGCUGGACGAGCCGGCGUGGAGCGGACGAAUGAAGAUCACAGCUAAAGGAACAGCAGUCUACAUCAAACUAGAGGACAAAAACACAGGUGAGCUGUUCGCUCAGGCUCCGGUGGAUCAGUAUCCGGGCAGCGCAGUCGAGGCCGUCACCGACUCCAGCCGAUACUUCGUCGUCAGGAUCGAGGAUGGAAACGGGCGUCACGCAUUCAUCGGCCUCGGUUUCGCCGACCGCGGGGAUUCCUUCGAUUUCAACGUGGCGCUCCAGGAUCAUUUCAAGUGGGUGAAACAGGAAAGUGAGUUUGCCCGACAGGAAGCCACGCAGGAUUCGGUGCCGAAGCUGGACUUGGGCUUCAAAGAGGGUCAGACCAUCAAGAUCAACAUCGGGAACAUAAAGAAGAAGGAGUCGAGUGGGCCGGUGAAGUCUCGAGCGGCGGGUGGUCUGCUUCCUCCUCCUCCCGGUGUGAAGGCCAGCACUCUCGUUCCUCCACUCGCAGUUCAGCAGUCGAUACCUGUCGCUCCCCCCCGCACAGCGACACUGUUGGACAUUGGAGACUCCGCCCAUGCCGUGGCCCCGCCCUCUCAAGACCUGUGGGGGGAUUUCACUGCGGCAGGACCUGGGUCCACGCAGGACACGCGGUCGGAAUGGGUGCAGUUCUAGCGUCUUUGGAAAGGGAUCGUGAGAAUGUGACGACACAUGGACGCUGUUUUUCCACGGAUAUUUCUAUGCAAUCGGCCUGCGGUCGCUGAUAUUCGCUGCAUUCCAGCCGCUGUCGAGUUUGAAACGUUUCUCGUUAGUUAUUCACACGCGGCUUCGUUUAAUGUGACGAGUCGUCAGUAUCAUGUCUCGUUUUCCUCUGUCUCGGCUUGAUGUUAAAGCUGAAGUGUGUCAUAAUAACUGUUAUCGGACAGGUUUCCUGAUUACUCGCCCCCAUCAGCCAUUGGUCGUUAAUCAGGUGGCCCCGCCCAUAAACUCGCAUCAUUGGCUGAGCCAGAAGUUUACAGGACAACUAAAGAGAGUCAAAGUGUUUACAGGAAGUUCAUGAAGUUGUGACUUCCUGAUAGUGACUCGCCAUUAGUCUGUUAGUAUUUGAAGAUCCAAACGAACGACACACUUCAGCUUUAAAGCUUUCCAUGUCGGUGAGAUUUUCUUUCUUUUACUUCCUCAUGUGUUUUCUGUGCGUCAUGUGAUCUGUCUGACUCAAACUGCUAUUUUCACUCGGAUCAGGAUUUGAAGAGCUUAUUUUAUGUGUUUAUAAGCAGAUGAUUUUUCAUCUUAUACAUUUUAAACUAACCCCAGACUUUAUUCGCUUUAUUUCCUGGUGACUACAGUUUUAUUCUUGAUAUUGUCAGUAAUUAUAAAAGUCUGAAUCUUUCCUUCAAGUGCCUUUAUGAAACACAUGUAGAAUGUACAAAUGAUGGUUUAUAUAUGAAUAAACCGUUUCCUGAUA